AUGGAUUCGAUACGUACAAUUCCUUUCCGCGCCGCUUUCUCCCAAGUAAAAGCAAAACUUGUAACUCUGCAUUUUCCCUCAUGGGUCAAACGUGGAAGUCCUUGUUUUGAAACCUUUGUUCGUAAGAUCUACGCAGAAGAGAGGCAUUGGAAUGGAUCUAGAAGCGCUUUGCAAAGCUCAUCAAAGGGAUCACCCACCCCGGGAAAGGAGGAGUUGAGAACAAAGAACAUUCUACGAGGCUGGAGAGCACACUCUGGGAGCGCCAAUACUGGGAGAAGAGCCGAUCGACAAAUUGGCUGGCUUCCUUGGAAGCAAAAGCUCUCUUGUAGAUGCCGGCUGUGCCUGGGAAAAAAUCUCUACGUCAACUUGCUUGCGGAAAAUAGAAGAGACGAUAGGCGAGGAAACCAGUGGACCCUGAAUAUGUACUCAAAUAUCCAUGCCGGAUCGUUGGGAUGUAGGGACGGGCGGCAGUUGGCAGUUAGAAUACGUCUUGGGAUCGAAGAUGUUGCAUAUUUGGCAACGGACAGUCGCGGGGAUCUCGGGGAAUAA